CUGAGCGGAAGCGGCGCGUCAUCAGCACCAGCUUGUCAGUGAAGUGAAGAUGGCGGCGUACAGUUCCUCUCCGCUGCUGCUGCCGCUGCUGCUGUCGUCCGUCUGUCUCUGCGGCUUCGGCUCCAAGGCCGCCGGCCCGAAGGCUGCAGGCGGCCCCGGUGGAGCCCCCGAACCCCCGAACCCGCUGCUGCUCCUCAGAGACCCUCCGGACAAGGAUGCACCUGCCGCCUUCGCCGCUGCCGCUCCUGCCGCUCCUGCCGCUCCCGCCGCUCCUGCCGCUCCUGCCGCGGGGGCGUCGCCGCCUCGCCGCUCGUCCGGAUGGAGGCUGUCGGAGGAGGAGGCCUGCAGGGACGACCUGUCCCGCUUCUGCCCCAAGCACACCUGGGCCAACAACCUGGCCGUGCUGGAGUGUCUGCAGGACCGCAGAGAGGAAUCUGAGAUCGCUCCUGACUGUAACCAUCUGCUGUGGAACUAUAAACUCAAUCUGACCACAGAUCCAAAGUUUGAGUCGGUGGCUACGGAGGUCUGCAAGAGCACCAUCGCUGAGAUAAAGGAGUGUAACGAGGAGGAGAGAGGGAGGGGCUACCUGGUGUCCUGUCUGGUGGAUCACCGCGGCAACGUCAGCGAGUACCAGUGUAACCAGUACAUCACCAAGAUGACCAGCAUCAUCUUCAGCGACUACAGACUCAUCUGUGGCUUCAUGGACAAAUGUAAAGAGGACAUCAACAGUCUGCACUGUGGCAGCAUCAACGUGGGACACAAGGACGUCCACUCUCAGGGUGAGGUCAUCUCCUGUCUGGAGAAGGCUCUGGUGAGGGAGGCGGAGCAGCAGGAUCAUGUUCGUCCAAUCAGAGAGGAGUGUCAGAGGGCGAUCCUCCGGGUGGCGGAGCUGUCGUCAGACGACUUUCACCUCGACCGACAUCUUUACUUCUCCUGCAGAGACGACCGAGAGAGGUUCUGUCAGAACAUUCAGGCAGGAGAAGGGAAAGUCUACAAGUGUCUGUUCAAUCACAAGUUUGAGGAGGCCAUGUCAGAAAAGUGCCGCGACGCUCUGACGACCCGUCAGAAGCUGAUCUCUCAGGACUACAGAGUCAGCUACUCUCUGGCUAAAGCCUGUAAAGCGGACCUGAGGAAGCAGCGCUGCAGUCUGGACACCAACCUGCCGAGGGCCCGCGAGGCCCGGCUGUCCUACCUGCUGCUCUGCCUGGAGGCCGCCGUGCACCGGGGUCGCCCGGUCAGCGGCGAGUGUCAGGGCGAGAUGCUGGACUACAGGCGGAUGCUGAUGGAGGAUUUCUCUCUGAGUCCGGAGAUCGUGCUUCACUGCCGGACGGAGAUCGAUGCUCACUGCUCCGGGCUGCACCGCAAGGGCCGCACGCUGCACUGCCUGAUGAGGAUCGGACGCGGCGACCGCAGCGCCACCGUGGACGGCGUCUGCCAGAGUGCCCUCCAGACUCUGAUCCAGGCUGCCGACCCCGGAGCCGACUACCGGAUCGACCGAGCGCUCAACGAGGCCUGUGAGUCCGUCAUCCAGACCGCCUGCAAGCACAUCCGCAACGGAGACCCCAUGAUCCUGUCGUGUCUGAUGGAGCACCUCUACACGGAGAAGAUGGUGGAGGACUGUGAGCACCGGCUGUUGGAGCUGCAGUACUUCAUCUCCAGAGACUGGAAGCUCGACCCCGUCCUCUAUAAGAAGUGUCAGGGCGACGCCGCCCGGCUCUGCCACACACACGGCUGGAACGAGACCAGCGAGCUGAUGCCGCCGGGCGCCGUCUUCUCCUGCCUGUACCGCCACGCCUACCGCUCCGAGGAGCAGGGACGCCGGUUAUCACGGGACUGUAAGGUGGAGGUUCAGAGGAUUCUCCACCAGAGGGCGCUGGAUGUGAAGUUGGACCCCGAGCUGCAGAAACGCUGCAUGACCGACCUCGGGAAGUGGUGCAGCGAGAAGACGGACGCAGGACAGGAGCUGGAGUGUCUGCAGGAUCACUUGGAGGACCUGGUCUCGGCCUGCAGGGAGGUCGUGGGCAACCUGACGGAGCUGGAGUCGGAGGACAUCCAGAUCGACGCUCUGCUCAUCAGAGCCUGUGAACCCGUCACCCAGGCCCACUGCCACGACGUAGCUGAUAUCCAGAUCGAUACCGGUGAUCUGAUGGAGUGUUUGGUUCAGAACAAACACCAGAAGGAGAUGAACGAAAAGUGCUCAGUCGGCGUCACGCACUUCCAGCUGGUCCAAAUGAAGGAUUUCCGGUUCUCCUAUAAGUUCAAGAUGGCCUGUAAGGAGGACGUUCUCCGUUUGUGUCCAAACAUCAAGAAAAAGGUGGACGUGGUGAUCUGCCUCAGCACCACGGUGAGGAACGACACGCUGCAGGACGCCAGAGAGCAACGGGUUUCACUGAAGUGUCGCAAACAGCUGAGGGUGGAGGAGCUGGAGAUGUCGGAGGACAUCCGGUUGGAGCCGGAGUUGUACGAUCCCUGUAAGUCUGACAUCAGCCGACUCUGUCCCAACGUGGCCUUCGGGAACGCUCAGAUGAUCGAGUGUCUGAAGGAGCAGAAGAAGCAGCUCAGUCAGCGAUGCCACCAGAGGAUCUUCAGGCUGCAGGAGACGGAGAUGACCGACCCGGAGCUGGACUACCAGCUGAUGAGAGUCUGCAAGCAGAUGAUCAAGCGGUUCUGCACCGAUGCCGACGCCCGGAACGUUCUCCAGUGUCUGAAGCAGAACAAGAACAGCGAGCUGAUGGACCCCAAGUGUAAACAGAUGAUCACCAAGAGACAGAUCACCCAGAACACGGACUACAGGUUGAACCCGGUCUUGAGGAAAGCGUGUCGAGCCGACAUCCCAAAGUUCUGUCAGCCGAUCCUGAACAAGGCGAGUGACGACAGCGAGCUGGAGGGUCAGGUGAUCGGCUGCCUCAAACUCAAAUACGCCGACCAGAGGUUGUCUCCGGACUGUGAGGAUCAGAUCAGAGUGAUUCUGCAGGAGUCGGCUCUCGACUACAGACUGGACCCACAGCUGCAGAUGCACUGCACAGAUGAGAUCUCCAGGUUGUGUGCGGAGGAGGCAGCAGCUCAGGAGCAGACGGGUCAGGUUGAAGAGUGUCUGAAAGUCAACCUGCUGAAAAUCAAACAGGAAGCCUGUAAAAAGGAGGUCCUCAACAUGCUGAAGGAGAGUAAGGCCGACAUCUUCGUGGACCCGGUCCUCCACACGGCGUGCGCUCUGGACCUCAAACACCACUGCGCCGCCAUCACACCCGGCAGAGGACGACAGAUGUCGUGUCUGAUGGAGGCGUUACAGGACAAGAGAGUGCGUCUGCAGCCGGAGUGUAAGAAGAGACUCCAAGACCGCAUCGACAUGUGGAGCUACGCUGCAAAGGUGGCGCCAGCAGAGGGCUUCUCGGACCUGGCGGUGCAGGUGAUGACGUCGCCCUCCAAGAACUACAUCCUGCUCAUGAUCUCACUGAGCGUGUGCGUCCUCUUCCUGGUCGGGCUGCUGUGCGGCCGCAUCACCAAGCGGGUGACGAGGGAACUGAAGAACCGGUAGAGGACGAGAAAAAAAGACUUGACUCCUCCCCCUCUUCCUCCUCCUCCUCCUCCUCCUCCUCCUCCUCCUCAGACGCCCGCUCUGUAAACCAGCCAACCUGCACAGUGCCAACGCCAGCAACCCACAUCUGGAGCUCCUCUGUUUAUUUGCUGCUGCUGAAUAUUUGCAUCAAAGGCAAAAAAUAUCACAAAACUUUUAAUUUGGGCGUCUUCAAACAGAUCUUUUUUUCAUAUUUUCCCUCCUACAAUAAAUCAGCUUUUUUCCGAGGAUGUUUUUUGGAGGUCGUCCUUCAUCUUUUGCGUUCCUGAAUAAGCGCUGUUCAUGAUGUGACUGAGGGCUGCUGCUUCUGAGGUCAGGAUUUAUUUUUUCCCCUCGUUGAGCCCUGAAGCUUUUUUUAUUUUGUGAUAUUUAACUGAACACUGGAGCAUGUAGAGCAACAGGAAGUCGUUUUCUUUUACUGAGCGACUUGCAGGCGCCUGAUCGCACACGGGAAACUCAAACCUUUGGGGUUAAAUUCUUUGAGACGUUCCCGUUGCUUUUCAACAUUUUUUUUUUUUUUUUUCCUCUGAUCCAUCAUGAAGUCCCGUCCUCGUCGCUCCUGAACAGAAGGUUUGGGUUCUCCUGGAUGUUUUCAACAUGUCGUUCUCUGUUGCCUUUAAUGAACAUAAUCCGUCGCGUAACACAGAGAAGCUUCUUCUUCUGCAGUUUAUAUCUGAACAACCACUUAAACAUGAGACUGAAACCGCUGCUUCGCUCUGCAUACAAAGUUCCUUUAUCGUCAAAUGUUUGUAUCGAUGACAUGCUAGAGGUCAGACCUCACUAUUAAACCUUCACUGAGCUGCUAACACAUCGAUAUGAUUUCCUUUUCAGGCCCAAUUCUACGUUUACCGCCCCGAUAAAACGUUUUUCACACAGAAAGAGAUGAAAAGAUAAUGGCCUUUUGUCUUAACGAUAGUCUGAAGGUGAUUAGCCUAGCUUAGCAUAACGGCUGGAGGCAGGGGAACAGCUAAAGUUAAAAAAACAUUCACUUACAAACACCUUUAAAGUUCGAUAAUUAUCACUGUAUCUCAUUUAUUUGUUCCAGACACAAAUAGAAAAGUUUAAAGUCUAAUCCGUAGUAUUUAACGCCUCCUAGUGGUGAAGUUUCAUAUUGCAACCGACUGAAACUUCUCCCUUGUGUCGACGUGAAUGUCUCUCUAGAGUCUUUCAUUUGGUUUGUCCUUUCUGGGCUUCUGUACAAACAUGGCUGACUCCGUGAAGAGGACGCACUCCAUAUGUAGAUAUAAACGUCUCAUUCUAAGCUAACGAAAAACACAACUAAUCUCAUGUUCAGGUGAUUAAACACUAAAGAACACGUAGUUUAAUAAUAUGAUGUUCUAUUUCUGCCAAUGAUGCAGUUUGUCAACAUGUUUUUUUAUUCUAAUAAGAUAAAGUUUUCAGUCACUUCAAUCAUUUUUAUUGCAAAAAAAUGAGUUCCACAGUCGAGCAAACAAACUGACCGACACUACGUUUAUGUUUUGAUCAACUUCCUGCCGAUUCCGCUGACUUUAGACAUGACAGAGUUGGAAAAAUCUCAGCACCAUCUAGUGGAAGAACAGAGUUUAUAUAGUUAAAGAUUGAUAUAAUGUGUUAGUCAGUGGCCUGCUGAUAAGAACCUUUUUCUACUUUGUAGAGUCAGGCUAGGUGUUUCCCUCUGUUUCCAGUCUUUAUGCUAAGCUAAUGCGAAUCACUCUUAAAACCCCCACUUCAAGCAAACUGCUCGUUCUGCUGCCUCCAAAAACUAAAUGAAAAGCUGCUGUAAACCUUCUUCACUUCAGUCCUGUGUCCUAAAGCUUAAACUGUCUAAUAUCAGAUAUACAUUAAAACCUCCAUUAUACAUAUAUGUGACUCAUAAGAGCAGAAAUAUCUGAUCUGGGUGACUUUAACCAGGCAACGUUAAAAAUACUUUACAUUUUAAGUGCACUAUCAUUAUCUAAAUAGUGUUUUUGAUGCAUUUUAGAAAAAUGCAACAAACUGAGAUCCAUCCAGAUUUCCAAAUGGAAAAUUAGUGUAUUUUGCUUUUGAUUUUACAGAUUUUUGAGACAUGAGCAUGUUUUUCUGUUGCAGGCGAAUUACUUUAAUUGUUACUGAACAUUAUCUGAUUUUUUUUUUUCGUUUGAAUAUUUAAUUUGCACUUUAACUCGAUGUCACAUCUGCAUCGUGUCGACGUCACUGGACAACGAGCCUCGUUCAUCUCAUUCAUAUGUAAAAAAGAAAGAUUUCUAAAAAGUAACCUCAUCUUUCUUUUUUGCAAAUUUCUCGCAGCUUUUUGUUUGAAUAUUAAUAUUUGUGAAUUAUUUAAAAUCAGACUUACACAGAUGAACAACAUGUGAAGCAUAAACACUAUUUUCUGCUCAUUUACAAAAGUUAACGGAGCUGAAGUUGCAGAUUAUUUGUUAAAAUGUUUUUGAGCGCGAAAAAUAGGAAAACGUCCUCAAACUGAAAGCAGGAAAUAAAGACGGCCGUCGUCAUAACCAGUUUUGUCUCUACGUGAACUUUAUCGGUGUGCUUUUUCUUUUACAUUAUGCCGUGUGAAAUGAAGACGUAACAGAUUUAUCAUUGUGA